UUUGAAAGAAAUCGUGAAAUCUCGCACUUGUUUACUUCCGGUUGAACCUCUUGCAUAAACGUAACAUAUGAGCUUAUUUUAUAACAACUGACAUAUCUUUGUAUUUCGACCCCUGUAUUUUUCUCACGCCAAUGGUUAGACCAGUAACGAAGGAUAAGAAGCAUUUGCUGAGACCAUGCUAAGACUGAUGUUCACACGGCAGUGCCUUGCUGUUGCCCAGUUAUGUAAAACACAACAAACUUGUACAAGAGCUUUACAUGCAACAUGUGCUCAGAGGGCUUCAAGGAGACAUAAGACAGAGGGUGAUGAAGCGAUACAGUUUACAGGCAGCAAGGCAGCAUCAUGGAACACACAGGACAGUUUUGGUCCUCCGCGGAGAGAUAUGCCCUGGUACCAGCCAAUCAGCAUCAGUUUAAGUCUGGCAGUUUUCCUUACAUAUUUCAUGUUCAUCAGGGAAGAAAAUGAUGUUGAUAUAGAACUUAAUAAGUCCUUGUUUGAGAGAGUGCCAGGGCUUGAGGAACAGCAAGUUAAAAUGGCCAUUAAACAUGGUCAGGAGAGAGGAAUGGAUACAACAGAUCUUGAAAUGAGAAUGACAGAAAUUCUUGACCAAAAACAGAUGUCAAAGAAUUUGUGACUAAUGUGACAAUAACUUUAUAAAUGAUGUUUUGUGUGAAAUAAAAUCUUUUGACAGUC